AUGAGGCUCACCUUUUCCAGCCUGAUAUUCCUGGGGGUGCUUGCACUGUGUCUGGCUGUCCCCAGGAAGGGCAUUCGAUGGUGUACCAAAUCCAGGGCAGAGAAAACAAAAUGCUCUUUGCUGCAGAAGUACAUGAGAAAGCAGGGUGGCCCACGCAUCUCCUGUGUCCGGAAGCCUUCUAUCCAGCAGUGUGCCCUGGCCAUCGCGGGAAACAAGGCAGACGCCAUGACCGUGGACAGUGGCUUGCUGUUUCAGUACAGCCAGGACCCUUACAACCUGAAGCCUGUUGCUGCAGAAAUCUACGGGACCCCAGAGAAGCCGCAGACUCACUAUUAUGCUGUGGCCGUGGCCAGGAAGGGUAGCAACUUCCAGCUGAACCAGCUGCGAGGGCUGAAGUCUUGCCACACAGGCUUGGGCAGGACGGCUGGCUGGAACAUCCCCAUUGGGACACUUCGGUCAUUCUUGAACUGGAAGGGGCCGACCAAGCCCCUUGAAGAAGCCGUGGCCAAGUUCUUCUCUGGCAGUUGUGUGCCUGGGGCAGAUGGAAAUAGGUACCCGAGCCUGUGCCAGCUGUGUGUGGGGACAGGGAAGAACAAGUGUGCCUUUUCUUCCCAGGAGCCCUAUUUUGGCUACUCUGGUGCCUUCAGGUGCCUGAGAGAUGGGGCUGGAGAUGUGGCUUUUAUCCGGCAGAGCACGGUGUUUGAGGACCUGCCUGACAAGGCUGCGAGGGAUGAGUUUGAGCUGCUCUGCCCAGACAACACCCGGAGGCCAGUGGGCGAGUAUGAGCAGUGCCACCUGGCCCGAGUUCCUUCCCACGCUGUUGUGGCCCGGAGCGUGAAUGGAAAGGAGGAUGACAUCUGGAAUUUCCUUAACCAGGCACAGGAAAAGUUUGGGCACAACAAGUCGCCAACCUUCAAGCUCUUUGGCUCUCUUAAAGGGCAGAAGGACCUGCUGUUCAAGGACUCUGCCAUUGGGUUCUUGAGGGUCCCCAAGAAGAUAGAUGCUGCACUAUACCUUGGCUUCAGCUAUGUCACUGCACUCCGGAACAUGGGGAAAACGGAGGCGGCUGUGGCAGCCCGGGAGUCGCUGGUGGUGUGGUGUGCUGUGGGCAACAAGGAGCAACACAAGUGCAACCGGUGGAGCCACCUGAGCAACGGCAAUGUGGCCUGUGCCUCGGCACCCACCACGGAGGACUGCAUUACCCUCAUCCUGAAAGGGGAAGCUGAUGCCAUGAGUCUGGACGGAGGGCAUAUCUACACCGCAGGCAAAUGUGGGCUGGUGCCUGUCCUGGCCGAGAAUCCAACAUCCCGAGAGCAUCACGACACUGACUGUGUGAAUAGACUAGCAGACGGGUAUCCCGCUGUGGCGGUGGUGAGAACAUCUGACCCAGAAAUCACCUGGAACAAUCUGGAAGGCAGAAAGUCGUGCCACACCGCCGUGGGCAGGACAGCAGGCUGGAAUAUCCCCAUGGGCCUGCUCCUCAACCGCACAGGCUCCUGCAAGUUUGAUGAAGUCUUCAGUCAGAGCUGUGCCCCUGGUGCUGAACCCGACUCCCUUCUCUGUGCUCUGUGUGUGGGGAAUGAGAUGAAUGAGGACAAGUGCAUGCCCAACAACAAUGAGAGAUACUAUGGCUACACUGGGGCUUUCCGGUGCCUAGCCGAGGACACUGGAGAUGUUGCAUUCAUCAAACCAAGCACAGUUUUGCAGAAUACCAACGGAAACAGCAGAGAAUCCUGGGCCAGGGGGCUGAGGCUAGAGGAUUUUGAGCUGCUAUGCCUUGAUGGCAGCCGGAAGCCUGUGACAGAAGCUAAGAGCUGCCACCUGGCUGUGGCUCCCAAUCAUGCUGUGGUGUCUCGGAAGGACAAGGUGGAGCGCCUGGAGCAGGUGCUGCUGCAGCAGCAGGCUGAGUUUGGGAAAAAUGGAAGUAAGUGCCUAAGAGAGUUCUGUUUGUUCAAGUCCGAUGUCCCAAACCUUCUAUUUAAUGACAACACGGAGUGUCUGGCCAGGCUGCCGGGCAAACCAACAUAUGAGCAAUAUUUGGGAUCCCAGUACGUGGCGGCCAUUGGUCAUCUGCAGCAGUGCUCGACCUCCCCACUUCUGGAAGCUUGCGCUUUCCUUGGGAAGUAAAAGCCUGGAGGAAGACAGCCUAGCCUCACUCAGGAAGCCUCAGCCCUUCCCAGCGCUCUG